CGUAAUGGAAAUCUCGCACGCAUAUUUUGUCCGCAAACAACUGAACUCACCUUUUGAUCAUCCAAAAUGGUAACGAUACCCUCCAACAGCACCGGCCAAAAGCUUCGUGUGGGUAUUAUUGGUUGCGGUGAAGUCUCCCAAGUCAUCCACAUUCCAACCUUGAACAACCUCUCGGACUGGUACCGAACGACAUUUCUAUGCGAUGUAUCGCAACAAGCAUUAGCUCAUUGCGCGAGCAAAGUCCUGAGUUCUACACCACCAAAAACAACGGCUAUUGCGGAAGAAAUAUGUGCCUCACCUGAAGUCGACGUUGUACUUAUUGCGAACGCGGAUGCAUACCACGUCCCACACGCGUUGCUUGCACUUAAACACCACAAAUACUGUUUGCUGGAGAAGCCGGCCGCGCUGUGCUUUCGAGACAUCGACCUCCUAAUUGCUGCGGAGAAAAAAUCGCAGGGCAAGAUUCUCGUUGGCACUAUGAGACGUUACGCGUCUGCGUUGGAAGAUGCCAUCAAAGAGAUCGGCGGAAUGGGACAGAUCAAGUACGCCCGCGUAAGAGAUAUCAUAGGGCCUAAUGCGCAUUUCAUCGGACAGUCGGGAACGUUUCCCAAGCGAUUUGACGACUGCAGUGAGCAGGAUACGCAGGAUCGAUUGGCUCGCGAGACCGAUAUGCUUGAACAGGCACUUCGGGAAGAGUUUGGCGUACCCGUCACCCAAGAAUCCAAAAACAUGUUGCGCCUUUUGGGAGGACUCGGAACUCAUGACCUCUCAGCAAUGCGAGAAGUGCUCGGUAUGCCCGACUCUGUCGCCGGCGCCGUUCUUACGUCACCGGGUAUCUUCAGUGUCCUCUUCAAGUACAACGAUUUUCCCGUGACAUACGAGUCAGGGGUGAUUGGCAUUCCGGAAUUCGAUGCUCAUAUUGAAGUCUACUCGACAGACAAGAUCGUAAGGGUCCAGUACGAUACCCCCUACAUUCAAGGUCUCCCAAUCACCAUGACUGUCAAGGAAAAGGUGGGCGAUGCUUUCGAGGAACGGAACGUUCGAAAAACUUAUACGGAUCCCUACACGAUUGAAAUGCUGGUGCUGCAUGACUGCGUUGUCAACAAGACAUCUCCGAAGACGAGUGUUGAGGAUGCGAAGAAUGAUAUAGAGAUUUUCAAGAUGAUUCUGCAGGCAGACUCGAGUCGUUAUCAAUCAUAG